AUGGGUCGGAGGGGGGCUCGACGGUCUCGCACGGGGGGCAGGGGCGCAAUGGGAGCCGCGGCAGGCUGGCAUGCACGCAGAGUUUCGGCAGGGGCUCUGCGGCGGCAUGGCGGUGUCUCGGGCCCAUUGUGCACUCCGCCUGCCCGCGUGAGGUGUCCAGAGCGCAAGAAUGAAGGCCAUUCCUUUCUCCUCGUCAAAGGUCAAGACGGGCUCACCACGAUAAUUGCACCCGAACAAGCAGCGAAAUACCUCGGCUUCUGGCUAGAUCCACAGCUCACAUUCACACACCACCACGACAAGGCAAUUAUCAAGGGCAGCACGUCUCUACAAGCUCUACGGAGCCUGGCUGGCUCCACGUGGGGUGCGUCUACGUCAGCAAUGCGGCGGAUAUAUCAGGCAGUGGUGAUACCGCAGAUGCUCUAUGGGGUGUCAGCGUGGUAUCCAUGGCACGAGAAAGGGAAGUGUAAGCAUAUCAGCAGCAAAUUCGCCGCUAUCCAGAAGCGGGCAGCCUGCCUUAUAGGCGGAGCCUUCAAGACCAGCGCAGCCGAGGCCCUUAAUAUCGAGCUUCACCUUCCCCCAAUCGGUAUUCAAAUGGACCGAAUUUCAAGGGAGACAGCCCUCAGAAUUCGAACAGGUCCAGCACAUGGAAUUCCACAGCUCAUGAUCCGUCAGCGUUCUCAGCAGCAGCGUCAACGAGGUGGGUGGUCGCCCAUGGAGGCACAUGCGUGGAUGAAGGGCGGAUGCUUAACGGCUCCCCCGAGUGCUUUGGCGAGGACGUGGGAGAGUCGAUGGGCAUACGUCCAGGCUCCAUGGCAGGUGCCUCCAGACGUGCACAUCCUGGAGCGUGACGAGGCGGUGAAGAAGCACGCUGAGAUCAGCAGUCAAGGUCAAGGUAAGCUAAUCAUAUACACAGAUGGAAGUGGAAUUGAAGGGAAGAUUGGUGCUGCAGCAGUAGUUGAAGCCACACGUGAGCACCGCCACUGCCAGAUGGGCACAGAGCAGGACUCAACAGUCUACUCCGCGGAGCUCAGGGCGGUGGAAAUGGCGCUCGAAAUGGUGCAGGAGCUCCAAGACGACCGCAUACAGCAAGGUGUGGUGGUAUUCUCUGACAGCCAAGCUGCUCUCCAAGCGCUCGUCCGACCGCGUAUGCCGUCGGGCCAGGUGUAUCUCCGUGGCUGCAUCCAGAGCCUCCAGCAACUCAACGACCAGGGCAUUCACGUCGAAUUCCGGUGGAUUCCAGCUCAUCAAGGAAUUCCGGGCAACGAGCUCGUUGACCAGCACGCCAAGCAGGCAGCCAAGGCAGAACCAGGCCCGCAUGACCGCCAUAUCAAGCUCGAUGCAGCAGCGAGGCGGGGCAUCCGUGAACGGGCGGAAUUCGCGUGGGAGGCAGCGUGGGAGAAGGAGAAGGUAGGACAUGCGACGAAGCGGCUCGUGCCAGUGCCCACGAAGAAAGUGCUCGACUACUGGAAAGGUCAGAGAAAAGCGUCAGCAUCCAUCAUGCUCCAAAUGCGACUCAAUAUCAUUGGAUUGAAGCGUUACCUUUGGCGAAUUGGAGUCGAAGACUCGCCCAGGUGCACAUGCGACCUCGGACAGCAGCAGCCAAGGCACGUGCUGCUGGAAUGCCCGUUAUUUGAAGACGAGCGGAAAGACAUGCGAGAAGCGCUUGCCAAGGCAGGCGUUGACACGUCUCUCUCGUUCAACCAGCUCAUGCAGGAGCGAAGUGCGGUUCCAGCAAUCUCCGCCUUUAUGGAGAGAACUCGACUACUCGGGCAAUUCCACAACGUUGAUCAAGACGCCAUGGGACUCGAACAGCAAGAACAACCAGUAUGA